AUGGCCUGGGGCUGGGACCAAUCCGACGACGCUCACCGUCAGGUGUACGAGAACAAGCACGAGGGUCACUUGUCCCACGAGCUCAUUGCCGGUGCCGCUUCCUUCGCGGGCAUGAAGGCCUGGGAGGACCACCAGCGCAAGCAGGGCAAGACCGUCAGCCACGCUUUCGCCAAGGAGGCCCUUGCCGCCGUUGUUGGCGCUGAGGUCGACAAGCUCGCCGAGACCAAGGGCAUGGACGAAGUUGACAAGAUCAAGGCCCGCGAGCACGCCAAGAAGAACGCUCACCACAUGUACGAGGAGCACUACGAGCGCCAGCACGGUGCUCCCGAGUUCGACCCCGGCCGCUUCCCUCCCCCUGACCGCUUCGAGGGCCGUCGUGGUGGCUGGAUUCCACCCGUUCAGGAAAGCUCGCGGAUUAUCAAUGCGUUGACCGUAGGCAAGGGUCUAUUGUACGCAUGGAUGCAAGGUGUCCGGGAGGCGACGGGCGCAUCUCCCACAUGGGUUUCCAAUGUUGUAAGACAAUGUUUGAUGUCAGCUAACACAUCAAUAUCGAUUGAAACUCUUGCACCUGUCGGAAUGAUUUCGCGUCCCAGAAAGCAACCCCCCUCAACAGGGGUAAUUACCCAAGCAGGGCAGAUUAUCCAUGGAACCUGGACAGACAUCAACCUCGGGAUGCCUGAGGGGGCGGCGAAAGGCGGUCUGGCCCUAUUCUCUCUAUUUUCUGUAUUCGGAACGGGGUUCAUCCUGAAGCCAAACUCCAAUAGGAAGAUUAGUCCGGCGGCGAGCAAAUGA